AUGCCUAACGGUGAUAGAGGAGGCAAUCUAUACCAUAUAAAUUGUCCUUAUGGUGCUGCUUGCAACCACAUCCACUUCUUCUGGGAUGCUAUCGUUCUAAACUACAUGCUCAUGAAACCAACAGCAUCACUUUACAGAAAUGAGUUUAUAAAGAACGUCACAAGACUUACUAAAGAAAUUACAGAGUCUAGUCUCAAUUUGGACAAGACAGUUGAUCCAAUGGCAUGGUCAAUGGAAUCCUUAGAAUAUGCCAAGAAGUAUGGAUACAGUACUCCAAUAAAUGAUGCACCAAACGCAUCUUACUACGAAAUUGUCCGCAAAUACGGUAGCAUUAGAGUUGCAAUGGCUGGGCAUCGCCUUGGUUACCUUCUUGACUCAUUACUUGACAAAGCACCAAAUAUUUCUCAUUCUUUCGUUUCUGAGAUCGUUGUUUGGUCAGUCAAUGCUCUUAUUUUGGUGUUCAUCCUAUUUUCAACAUUCAAAUACAAACGUGAGCUUAAGAACACUCAAUUUGAAAGUCUCACACAAACAACAUCAUAUGUUUAA